GAAGACUCCCCCAUUGGUGAAUACUGAAUUAACAGUUCUCCCAUCCCACCACCAUUGAUUAUCUCUGUGCGCCUCUCACCUUCCCUCGCCAGUUGUCACACCCAGCUCCGGCCUCACUCUCUAUUUUUGUCGACGACUGCAGAAGAGUUGUCUGAUUAUGAAGAACAAUUAACCAUGGAGAACUACAGCAAUGGCAGAAAAAUUAUUCCUUUCUUUGUUAACAAAGUCAAAAACCCUCAAAACCACAAAGCAACUCCAUUCAUUUCUCUACAAAAACGCUCUUCAAAACCAUCCUUUACUCUUCUCCAAACUCCUCCUCCACUGCGCCAUAACCAUCACCGGCAACGGCUCCGGCGAAGAACAGCCUCUCCACUACGCUCGGCGUCUUCUCUCCCACUCAUCUCCAAACCCACCUGAUGCUUUCAUGUACAACACACUCAUUCGAGGUCUAAUUGAUUUUCCCCAAAUUGCUGUAAAUACCUUUAUGGAAAUGAGAUUAAAACCCUUAUCAUCUCCCAUUGAUAGUUUUACUUUCGUUUUUCUUAUUAAAUCAGCUGCUAAUUUGAGAUGUGUUAGGUUUGGGAUUCAACUUCAUUGUCAAGCUUUGAUUCAUGGGCUUGAUACACAUCUUUUUGUUGGGACAACACUCGUGAGUAUGUACUCUGAAUGUGGGGUUUUGAAUUUUGCUAAAAAAGUGUUUGAUGAAAUGUCUGAACCAAAUGUUGUUGCGUGGAAUGCUUUUCUUAAUGGUUGUUUUAAAUGUGGUGAUUUGAGAAGUGGUGAAGAGUUUUUUGAAAUGAUGCCUAUUAGGAAUUUGAGUUCUUGGGAUAUUUUGCUUAAUGGGUAUGUUAAGUUAGGUGAGAUUGAGUUAGCAAAGAUUACUUUUUUAAGAAUGAGUGUUAAGGAUGAUGUUUCUUGGAGUACUAUGAUUGUUGGGUUUGCUCAAAAUGGUUGUUUUGAUGAAGCUUUUGGGUUUUUUAGAGAGAUUCAUAAGUUGAGAUUGAAGCCUAAUGAAGCUAGUUUAAGUGGGGUGUUAUCUGCAUCUGCACAGGCUGGUGCUUUUGAAUUUGCUAAGGUUGUUCAUUGUUUGAUUGAGAAGAGUGGUUUUGUGUGGAUGGUUUCGGUGUGUAAUGCACUUCUCGAUACUUAUUCUAAGUGUGGGGAUUUAGGUAUGGCUCGGUUAGUUUUCGAAAGAAUGUUGGAGAAGAAGAAGAGUGUUGUUUCGUGGACAUCGAUGAUAGCUUCACUUGCUAUGCAUGGUUAUGGUGUUGAAGCUAUAGAGCUCUUCCAUAAGAUGGAAAAUUGUGGAAUUAAGCCUGAUGGGGUUAGUUUCAUUUCGGUUUUGUAUGCUUGUAGUCAUGCCGGUUUGAUUGAAGAAGGGUGUAGAUAUUUCUCGAUGAUGAGAGAUUUCGAUAUAGAACCUACUAUUGAACAUUAUGGUUGUAUGGUUGAUCUUUAUGGGAGAGCUGGUAAAUUGGAGAAGGCUUAUGAGUUUGCUUGUGAAAUGCCAAUUUCACCGAAUGACAUCAUUUGGAGGACUCUUUUAGGGGCUUGCAGCCUUCAUGGUAAUGUUAAAUUGGCCGAGCAGAUAAAGAAGAGACUUUCGAGAUUCGAUCUUGACAAUUCUAGCAGUGGUGAUCAUGUUCUUUUGUCGAAUGUAUAUGCCAGUUUAGGGAAAUGGGAAGAUGUUGCUUCGGUUAGAAGAUCAGCGAGCGAGCAGAAGAUAAAGAAAGCUCCCGGAUGGAGCAUGAUUGAAGUUGAGAAGCUAGUUUAUCGGUUUAUGGCUGAUCAGAAACAAGAUGAGAUUGUGAAAGAAGCUUAUGAAAAAUUGAGGGAAAUAAUGUUGAGACUUAAAGUUGAAGGUGGAUAUGUACCCGAAAUCGGGAAUGUUUUACAUGAUGUUGAAGAAGAGGAAAAGGAAGAUUCAGUGAGUAGGCAUAGUGAGAAACUAGCGGUAGCUUUUGGGAUAGCUCGAUUAAGAGAAGGAAAUGUUGUACUUCGAAUUGUGAAGAAUUUGAGGAUUUGUAGAGAUUGUCAUGUUGUGAUGAAGCUUAUUUCUAAGGUUUAUGGAUUGGAAAUAGUGGUGAGAGAUAGAAGCCGGUUCCACUCAUUCAAAGAUGGCUCUUGUUCUUGCAAAGAUUACUGGUGAUAUGAGCAACACCGAAAUGAAAUCGAACAACAACAUUUUCGUCGUCCAAAGGAACUGUUGAUUGUGUCCAUGCUGAUUGUGCUUGAUGAAGCCAUGAUUAACAGCUACAGACAGAUCCAAAGAAUCUUUUGAAGAAGCCAAUUUUGAUAAAAUAUAGUUAAAUCUGUUAUUUGUUCACUGAUAUAAUAAUAAUAAUAAUAAUAAUAAUAAUAAAUUUUACUUUAA